AUGAUCCUCAGGCUGAAUCAGUGGACGAGCAAUUCCCUCUUGUUGGGUUUGCUCUAUGCCCUGAGUGGUCCGGGUAUGGCCAGCGAUCGAGGGGUGACGCUAAGCCACGUGUACAAGAUUGAUGUGGCCGAGGGUGCUGACUGCAAGCUGACUACGCAGCUGCUUCCCGCCCAAGACCAAGCUGCCGAACUCCAGGGCACCACUGAGAUGUUGUCCUCAGUUGGGGAUAAUGAUGUUGUCUUCAGGCACAAUAUCCAUUUGCAGCCGCCUAAGUGCGGCUGUGAGGAUUCCGAGAGCUUCAAGGCCUUGAUGUACCGCCUCAAUGGGCUGGAGGAAGAAGUGACCCAUCUGAAGAAGCAGUGCUCUCAGGGCUGCUGCAGUACAGACAAAGAGGCUGUGGAUUACGCCUGCAGUGGUCACGGCAACUAUGAGCGCAGUAGCUGUAGCUGUGUCUGCGACGCGGGUUGGGAAGGGCCCGAUUGCUCCACAUCAACCUGCCCCAACGAAUGCAAUGACAACGGACGCUGUGUGGAAGGCCGCUGCAAGUGCUACGAGGGCUACGCCGGUGAUGACUGCAGCCAGCUAGUUUGCCCCAAUGACUGCAACGACAAGGGCAGUUGCGAGGAUGGUGUGUGUGUGUGCUUCAGUCACUAUACUGGUGAAGACUGUAGCAUUCCCCGAUGCCCUGGAGACUGCGUGGGCAAUGGGCACUGCGUGGAUGGCACCUGUAUCUGCAAUGAAGGCUUCUUCGGGGAGGACUGCUCUAGAGUUAUGGGUCCUGAGAAUGUGCGCUUGUUGGGAAAGACAGAGGAAUCUCUGCUUGUGGAGUGGAAUCCUGUCACGGGAGUGGAGUACUAUGUGCUCACUUACCACCCUGAGGGAGAUGAGGGCACCUUGCAGCGGGUGAGCGUCCCGCACUCAGACAACUCCUACUUGAUCACCGGCUUAAGUCCUGGCGUGACCUACAUCGUGGAUGUGUAUGCCGUGAUCAAACAGAUCACCAGCGAGCCUAGUACUUUGAAGGCCACUACAGUGGUCUUGGCUGUGGAUGGUAUUCGUGUGCUCGGCCAGACGGAGGACACCAUCCAGGUAGACUGGCAGAACCCAGCAGCAGAGGUGGACUACUUCAUGCUGACCCAUGCCAGUCCUGAGGGGGAGGAGGAAGAGCUCACUGUGCCAAAAAGCCAAGAGGCCAGAACCAAGCACACCAUCACAGGACUCUACCCUGGAACUAAGUACCUUAUUAGAGUACAAGCCAUCAAGGACACCUACAAGGGAAAACCAUCCACUGUCUUUGGAGUGACAGACGUUGACGCUCCAAGUAACCUGAAGACCAAAGAAAUUACCGAGGAUGCAGUGACCGUGACCUGGGACCAAACCCUGGCCGAUGUCGAUGGCUACAUGAUCAGUUACAGCUCUGCUGACGGGUCAAGUGAGGAUAUCCCUGUAGGACCAGACAGCACCUCCUACAGGCUGACUGGACUGAGGCCAGGAGUCCUCUACACUGUGUACGUCUGGGGUGUCAAGGACGACCUCACCAGCAGGAAGAGCUCCACCCAGGCAGAGACAGAGCUUGAUGCCCCCACCAACCUAGAGACAGUAGAAGUUACUGAGGACACAGUGACCGUCACCUGGGACAGCAUGUUGGCCGAUGUUGACGGCUACAUGGUCAGUUACAGCUCUGUUGAGGGGUCGAGCGAGGAGAUCCCUGUGGGAGCAGACAGCACCUCAUACAGGAUCGCUGAGUUGACACCUGGAGUCCUCUAUACUGUGUACAUCUGGGGUGUCAAGGGCGACCGCAGCAGCAAGAAGAGCUCCACCCAGGCAGAGACAGAGCUUGAUGCUCCCACUAACCUGGUGACCAGAGAGGUUACCGAGGACACAGUGAGUGUAACCUGGGACAGCAUGUUGGCCGAUGUUGACGGCUACAUGGUCAGUUACAGCUCUGCUGAGGGGUCGAGCGAGGAGAUCCCUGUGGGAGCAGACAGCACCUCAUACAGGAUCGCUGGGUUGACACCUGGAGUCCUCUAUACUGUGUAUGUCUGGGGUGUCAAGGGUAACCAAACCAGCAAGAAGAUCUCCACCCAGGCAGAAACAGAGCUUGAUGCUCCCACUAACCUGGUGACCAGAGAGGUUACCGAGGACACAGUGAGUGUAACCUGGGACAGCAUGUUGGCCGAUGUUGACGGCUACAUGGUCAGUUACAGCUCUGCUGAGGGGUCGAGCGAGGAGAUCCCUGUGGGAGCAGACAGCACCUCAUACAGGAUCGCUGGGUUGACACCUGGAGUCCUCUAUACUGUGUAUGUCUGGGGUGUCAAGGGUGACCAAACCAGCAAGAAGAUCUCCACCAAGGCAGAGACAGAAAUUGAUGCUCCCACAAAUCUUCGGGCGUCCAGUAUUCAGCUGGACACAGCAGAGGUAACAUGGACGGCUCCUCAAGCCAAUAUCGAAGGAUAUGUUCUCAUGUACAGAGCAAAGGAUGGAAGCGGCCAGGCUGUGGAGCAGCAGCUGGCGGCAGCUGCGACCAGGUUUGCCUUAGCCGACCUUGACGUGGGGCAGGGGUACUUGGUGACCCUGAAGGCCUACAGAGGGUCAAAGACAAGCAGGCCGGCGGAGACCACGUUCACUACAGUGGGUAUGGUUCACCCCUUCCCCAUGGACUGUACUCAGGUCCUCAGAAAUGGGAUGCAGUCGAAUGGCAUCUACACCAUCUACAUCAACAACAACCGUUCGAAACCCAUACAGGUGUACUGUGACAUGACCACAGAUGGAGGCGGGUGGAUUGUGUUCCAGAGGCGCAGCAACGGAAAACUGGACUUCAUGAAGCGUUGGAAGCAAUACAUUCAAGGUUUCGGGGACUUGACGGAUGAGUUCUGGCUUGGCCUGGAGAAAAUAUAUGAGCUGACCAACAGCUCGACCAAGUAUGAGUUGCGUGUGGACCUGAAGCUCGGCUCUGAAAGCGCCUAUGCCAUUUACGACAACUUCGGAAUAGCUUCGAUCAAGGAGAAGUUCACACUGACCGUGGGCAAAUACAGAGGAACUGCUGGCGAUGCACUGACCUACCACAACAGUAGGCCGUUCUCAACAGUGGAUUCGGACAAUGACAUCUCACUGAACAACUGCGCUCUGACGCACCAGGGGGCCUGGUGGUACAAAAACUGCCACCUGGCAAACCUGAACGGGAAAUAUGGGGACAAGCGACACAGUGUGGGUUUGAACUGGGAGCCAUGGAAGGGCCAUCUCGUCUCCCUUGAUGCCACCGAGAUGAAAAUCCGACCUGUCGGCUAUGCCGGAGCAACCUUGGGGAGGAAGAGGAGGUCUCUGGGAGGAAGAAAGAAGAGUAUAAAGAUGCAGGCCAAAUAG